AUGAUAAAAUGUAUUCGCACUGAUAAUGAUGGCGAGUAUUGUGGUCCUUUUGAUGUGUACUAUAGACAACAAGCAAUCCAACAUCAAAGGACACCUCCUAAGACACCUCAGUUGAAUGCUUUGGCAGAAAGGAUAAAUAGAACACUAGAAGAGAGAGUCAGAUGUCUGCUUUCAGAAGCAAAACUACCUAGAUCAUUUUGGGGCAAGGCAUUAUAUACUGUUGCUCAUGUAAUUAACUUGUCUCCUACUGUUGUGUUGCAGAUUGAUGCCGUUGACAGAAUCUGGUAUGUGAAGGAUGUAUCCUAUGACCAUUUACGUGUGUUUGGAUCCAAAGCCUUUGUUCAUGUGCCAAAAGAUGACAGGUUUAAGUUAGGCAAGGCAGUGCAUUAUUAUUGGGAAAAGUAUAUUGAGAAGGUUCUUCAACAAUUUUACAUGGAGAAAACCAAAGUGGUAAGUACUCUUCUUGCUACACAUUUUAAGUUAAGCAGUAAACAAUCUCCUUCUAAUGGUGAAGAAAAGAGAGACAUGGAAAGUGUUCCAUAUGCAUCUGCAGUUGGUAGCUUAAUGUAUGCUAUGGUGUACGCUGUUUAUAUGGGUGGUCGAACUACCGAUGAUGCUCGUGAGAUCUUAAGGCAAAAUCAUCAAAUGCUUAUUGCUGUUCAUGGAGGAAGCAUUGAACGAGCCCGGGCGUCUCAUGUCUAUAGUUACACACAUGGGUUCAGAGGCUUUGCAGCCAAGUUGACGGAGCAACAAGCUUCUGAGAUAGCUGAGAUGCCAGGAGUGGUUUCUGUGUUUCCUAAUUCUAAAAGAAGAUUGCACACAACCCAUUCGUGGAAUUAUAUGGGCCUAGAGGACAAUGAAUCGAUGGAAAUUCCAGGACAUUCUACCGAGAAUCAACAUAAUGUCAUCAUUGGUUUCAUUGAUACGGGAAUUUGGCCUGAAUCACCAAGUUUUGCUGACAGAGAUAUGCCAGCAGUACCAGCAAGGUGGAAAGGUCAAUGCCAACCAGGGGAAGCCUUUAAAACUUCAGCCUGCAACAGGAAAAUAGUAGGGGCAAGAUACUAUCUGAGUGGCUUUGAAGCUGAAGAAGGGCCAAUACAGAAAAUUAAAUUCAAAUCUCCAAGGGAUAACCAAGGUCAUGGGACCCACACUGCCUCGACAGCUGCUGGGCGUCAAGUGACGAAUGUGAAUUAUGAGGGAUUGGGUAGUGGGGAUGCUAGAGGAGGUGCACCGAUGGCAAGAAUUGCAGUGUACAAGUCUUGUUGGGAUUCAGGCUGCUAUGAUGCUGACAUACUUGCUGCGUUUGAUGAUGCUAUCAAAGAUGGAGUUGACAUAUUGUCGCUGUCUCUGGGUUCUGGUCUUCCUCAGGAAAAUUAUUUCAGUGAUUCCAUCUCUGUGGGGUCAUUCCACGCUACUACCCAUGGAAUAGUGGUUGUUUCGUCGGUUGGAAAUGAAGGAAGCAAAGGUUCUGCAACAAAUCUCGCGCCAUGGAUGAUCACAGUUGCUGCUGGUUCAACUGAUAGGGACUUCAUGUCUGAAAUCAUGCUAGGAGAUGGCGCUAACUUCACUGGCGAGAGCCUCGUUCCCUCGGGAAUGAAGGCCUCUGCAGAAAUCAUCCCUGCUUCAGAAGCUCAUGCGGAAAACUUCACUCCUGAUCAAUCCCGUUUCUGCUUGGAGAGUUUCUUGAGUAGCGCCAAAGCCACAGGGAAGGUCGUGGUAUGCCACAAUGGUGAUGAAACAGAUAAAAGGGUGGAACAGAGCAAGGUAGUCAAAGAAGCUGGUGGAGUCGGGAUGAUUCUUGUGGAUGAAGCAUAUACUGGCGUUGGAUUUUCCUUUCUGAUCCCUGGUGCUAGCGUUGGAAGGACCACAGGGAAUAAGAUUCUGUCAUAUAUCAAUGAAACGCGCAAGCCGACAUCAAGGAUUCUCGGUGCAAAGACUCUGUUUAGAGUUCAACGUGCACCUCGAGUUGCAGCAUUUUCUUCAGAAGGUCCCAAUUCUGUAAGCCCAGAAAUUUUGAAGCCCGACAUCACAGCUCCUGGAUUGAAUAUCCUCGCAGCCUGCCCUCCAACAGUUAGAGGAACCAAUUUUUGCAUUAUGUCUGGAACAUCCAUGGCUUGUCCUCAUGUAACGGGAAUUGUAGCCUUGAUCAAAUCUGUGUACCCGUCGUGGUCUCCUUCUGCAAUUAAAUCUGCAAUUAUGACUACUGCAAGGGUUGUGGGUGACAAUGGCAAACCCAUCAUCGUGGACCCUGGGAGAUAUGCCACCCCAUUUGAUUAUGGCUCGGGCUUUAUGAACCCACUUCGAGUCCUUGAUCCAGGUCUCAUCUAUGACGCGCGGCAACAAGAUUACAUAGAGUUCCUUUGCUCAAUUGGCUACAACAAGUCGCUGUUGCAUCUUAUCACAGGAGGCAGAAGUACAUGUGAUCAUACGCCUGAGACGCCAUAUAGCCUAAACUAUCCAUCCAUCAUAGUUCCCCAUCUUAAAGAUGGAUUCUCUGUGACCCGGACUCUGACGAACGUGAGGAAUUCAACAAGUACCUAUGAAGCAGCAGUGGCUUCCCCUGCUGGGAUUAGUGCGACAGUUGUGCCACAACAUUUAAUUUUCGACGGUUAUGGCCAGAAAAUGAAUUUUACUGUGAAUUUCAAGGUGGUUGCCCCAUCGAAUCGCUAUACUUUCGGGUCCCUAUCGUGGAUGAAUGGAAAAUUCUCAGUGACCAUUCCGCUCAUUGUCAAGGUCUCAUCAUCGAACUUGGGUUAA